AUGAAGACAGAGAACAAGACGCAAAUCUUAGCAUUUCUUCUUGGAAUUUCAGAGGACUAUAAAUUGCAGCCCAUUCUCUUUGGACUGUUCCUCUCCAUGUACCUGGUCACUGUACUAGGGAACCUGCUCAUCAUCCUGGCCAUUAUCUCAGACACCCACCUGCAUACACCCAUGUACUUCUUCCUCUCCAACCUGUCCUUUGUGGACAUCUGUUUCACAUCCACCACCGUACCAAAGAUGCUGGUGAACAUACACACCCAGAGCAAAAUCAUAACAUAUAAAGGUUGCAUCACCCAAAUGAAUUUUUUUCUACUCUUUUCUGUGGUGGACAUAUUUCUGCUGACUGUGAUGGCCUAUGAUCGAUUUGUGGCCAUCUGUCAACCCCUGAAUUACAUGGUCAUCAUGAAUCCCAGGCUCUGUGGAUUGCUGGUAGUGGUGUCCUGGAUAGUGAGUGUCCUGCAUGCCCUGCUGCAAAGCUUAAUGGUGUUGCAGCUGUUCUUCUGUACAGACUUGCAAAUCCCACAUUUUUUCUGUGAACUUAAUCAGGUUGUCCACUGUGCCUGUUCAGAUACUUUUUCAAAUAAUAUAGUGAUAUAUUUUGCAACUGUGCUAAUUGCCUGUUGUCCUUUUGCUGCCAUCCUAUACUCCUACUCCAAGAUAGUUUCCUCCAUACGUGCAAUUUCUUCAGCUCAGGGGAGGUACAAAGCAUUUUCUACUUGUGCAUCUCACCUCUCAGUUGUAUCCUUAUUUUAUGGCACAAGCCUAGGUGUGUACCUUAGUUCUGCCGUCACUGAAAAUUCACACUCAACUGCAACAGCCUCGGUGAUGUACAGUGUGGUCACACCCUUGCUGAACCCUUUCAUCUACAGUCUGAGAAAUAAGGACAUCAAGAAUGCCCUGAGAAGAUUCUUAGGACAGUUACAAUAA